AUGGAGGAAAUGACUGGCAUUGAAUCGUCUGCGGGCCAGGAUGAGUCCUCCCUCGAUUACGUAUCUUCUGACAUUACCGCGGCACGCCUCGAUCUUCUAGUCAGUCCAAGCGAUUCACAUUGGGUGGAGAAGCACAAAUUCUUCACGGAGAGACUAAAGUCGGAUACUCCCAUCAGAGAUAUCGUUCGAGAAAACUUCACAUACAAUGAGAGUCGCAUGUUGAUGCCAUCUGAUCGCUCAGACGUGAAGGAAUUGCAAGCUGCCAAUACAAAGCGGUACGAGGCUCUUCUCAAAGAUCGCUUCAAGGGCUAUGAGGACUCUUUGGCAACAAAGCUCACGAUGAUGUACUUUGGUUUGCCAAUUGCGCCGAUGGAGGACAUUCUCAAAGAGCUAUCUAUGGCUAUGGGUAUGGGGAAGGAUGUUCCGAUGUACAACAUCAAACCACCGAUGCAUUUCCUUACAGCCCACGAUCGUCGCAACUGGGGAAAGGAUAGCCUGAAAGCCAAGGAAGCCUUCAGUUGGCCCGUCCCGGCCCCAAAGACAAACGACCCGAUUUUGAGUCUUCGUGGAGGUGAUGGACCUCAACGCAAUGAUCACGUCGCUUGUGACUACGUCCCCUCAACUGAGACUCCAGCAACCGCUGAAGAACCAUGGACUUAUAUUUAUAGCCACUAUGGGCGCUUGCCAUUUCGUCCUCGCAAGUGGCGAUCAUUUGCACUCGUUCUACGACAACUGCUGCAUAAUCAUCCUGAUGAUAUUAGGGAGAAGCAGUAUAUCUUCGACCUCCAUGUUAUCUAUAAGGAGACCGGCCAGCGGCAAGUCAUUCAUGACAGGUUACCCUUAUCGGGUGGCAGCAGAGCAAUGCACUUCCUAGAGGGUCACUUUGCCCACGGCUCGAAAGACAAGACACAUAAGGAUUGCUGUACUCUGUUUAUUGACCAUGCCCGGAAGGAAUCAGGCAACACAGUCAAUGAUUGGGAACCUUCCAUGUCGCAAUUGGAGACAGACACCGUCAGGAUUGGGCGAGCUCUUGGGACUUUUCCCAACGGACCCGAGGAGGAAGCCAUCAGUUAUGCCUAUAUCCCAUUUCCCAAGAUUGAUACCUCACGCUUCGUUGCUAGCAACUAUGCAUCUCAACAGUACAAUGCUCACUUCAGGGCCGCCACGGAUAUCCUCUUUGGCCGACCCAUGGGCAACAAAAACGCGGGGUGCCCCGAGUACAACCAUGCCUUGUUCCGUCUCUACGACAGGAACAAGCCAGACGCCUCAUCGACAGUACCCAUUGUUUACGGUGCCAUGAGUCUGCCGCAAUCGGCUUUAGAGCUUCUCCACCCGCUGAACAAUCCUGGCGCUUGCUGGAUGAUUGAGUGCAACUGGCUCGACCCCAAUGUGGUGCCUCUCAUCCUUCCCAACUAUUACCCAAGCCCUAAUCCUCACUUGUUAGAUGAUGACAAAACUUUUGGUGACGCGUAUGAGAAUGUCUACCACCCGAUCGGCGAGAUUUCCUCAGAGGCUUUUGACAUUGAGUCGCACAGAAAGCUUGAGUCAGUGUAUGUUCUUGAAGGUGACCCAACGAACAACUAUGGGCAGGGCAUCAAGGGCUUGAAGGUUGCCCUGAAACCUCGUAAUUUUGGUUGGAGAAAGGAUGCCGUUGGAAUCGCUGUUGCCGAGAAGAUCCAAAAUCUGUCGGCCUGGUUUUUCACCAUUCAUCCUCAUUUUCGCCCUGGGCACUGUCGUCUGUUCCCUGCUUGGCACGACGGACAAGACAUCUCUAUCGAGUUGCCACCUCUGACAUCCACAGUCCAACAGCUCUUUACUGCUAUAGAUCAGCUGGUAUCCCAGACCAAGUACAUGAGACUCAUGGGUCAAGACCUCAUGUUACUCAAAGAGACCUUCUGUGCCGGCGCCAACAACCGUGAGGAUCGAGACACGCCAUCGUACCUCAUCCGCCCUGACUCAUCUGACGAUGAGUGGUAUCGUGUGAGAGAGUCCAUUACAUCCCCAGCCAUAACAGUCGAGUUUGUCAGCAAAUCAGAUGUUGACUGGGAGGAAUGCAUAUCGGAGUACAACAUCUGGGGCGUUCGUGGGCUUGACUCCGAAUUCUAUGUCUCCCGCCCUCGGCUAGGUGGUGACACCCUUGAAAUCAAGGACAUCAACGAUAAUAUAGCCGACCCUACCGCCAAUUACCCCUCGUCUCCUGCAAGUCUCGGCCCCCUGAGCUCUAAAGACGAGGAGGAGCCCGUCAAACCACGGUCAUCCCUCAGAAGUAAUGCAUUCGUUAGCCAUACACUGCCUCAUGUAGAAAUUUCGGCUCCGAAGCUCGUAUUGCCCCAGGCCCCAACACUUCAUGGCGAAUCUGAAGCUGAGGAGGAGGAGAAGGAGGAGCAGGAGUGUGAUGUCGGUGUCUUGGCAACCGAUCGACCUGACUGGGCCAACAAACCUUAUUCCCCGGACCGUCGCCGGGUUUACAGAUCAGAAAGUUCAGAAGCAGCUUCAGAAGCAGCUACGGAAGCAGCUACAGAAGAGACGAAUAUUUAUGAUUAUUCAGGAGGUGAAGCGCCCUCUAGAGAUGUUUCGGAGGCUGGAGACGCCUCGGAACAAAUGGAGGGUAUAACAACCCCCAGUGAUCACAGCGGUGACAAAUCAAGUAGAGGGGACGAUGACGCGGGGAGUGAUGAUGAUGGCGAUGGCAGUGAAGGUGGUAACGGGACUGGACACGCCGCUGCCUCCCGUCCUGGUCCUCCCAAUAGCUCGCCAUGGGACUUGGAUGAGAACGCGCCACGACAGGCCCGACAACGCACAUGGACCACUCAACCCAGUAUCUAUGGUGACCUCAGAGCUGGGUCUGAGCCAGUUACGAUUGGCAUCCCUUUGACUGGAGCGCCUGCAGAGCCGUUGCUUCGCACCGACGAUUCUGGCAAUAUCCCCAUGAUCUCCAAAGCCGUCCUCACACCGACCGAGCAAGCCAAGCUCCAACGCACCCUCUGGGAAACUCGCAACCUGCUCCUCAAGCGCACCAUGCGGUGCAUCUAUGAGGACUGUGACUUCACCUGCCGGGCUGAUGAUCAUGAGGCCAGGAAGAAACACACUCGGGAAGCUCAUAAGUCGCGAAUGUGUCCUUGGUGCGACGAGCCAAUGUUUGAAUGGUGGGACAAGGCUCAGAGGAAUAAGCAUAUGCGGGAGAAGCAUACUAAGGACCUGAAGGAUGUCUUGGGUAUCGUGGAUAAGCCUACCCCCAGGACGGCGCCUGCAGUACCUCGCCCAUCGAUGCCCCCUCAGCGACCUGCGGUUAAUCCCCCUCAGGCAUCUCAACCCCAGUCUAAUCAGCCGUUCUCUUUGGGACAAGUUGACAAUCCUUUCGCUGAUCCUUUCGUUGCAAUUAGUACAACCCCCCCGGGCCGCAUCCCAGCUCCUAUGGCUCGUAUGGUACCUAAUACAGUACCGGACCCUGAAUUUCAACGUCGCUAUGAAGAGCAACGUCGUUAUGAUGAAGAGCAACGUCGUUAUGAAGAGCUUAUGCGCUCAGCUCGUCCAGUGCCACCAAACCUCCCCUUCGGUGGUAGGGCACCCAGGCCACCAACAGCAGAGACACGAACAAGAGAAAUGAUCUCCCAUCCUCCCCGUAUUCAGAGGGAACCUGAAGAAGCGAGAAACUCACGGGAAGCAAUGAAUAGAUAUAAACGUCUUCAUCCUCCGCGAACGCUCACAAACCCCCUUGCCUGGUAUGACAUGACUGGACCAGUAAUUGUCAUUGACCCUCCCCGAGUUUGUGGCAUCCGAGGCUGCAAAGCUGACGUCAGCCGACUCGGUUCUUAUGGCCUAUAUGACCACAUCACGGUAGGCCAUGGGGUCAAUGAGGCUCCGAAGUGUCCAUUCUGCGAACUGCCGUUCUUCGUAGUCGAAGGCACAGAUGAGGAAGGCAAUGAAAUAAAAAAGUAUCGCGGGGUCACAGACUGUACGAAGCACUUGGACUGCCAUGUCUACGAACUAUGGGAACAUCUGCAACCGGUUUUGGAACGUCCGGAGAUGGUCUAUCAUAAUAACACCGGAAGCCCGUUGAGGGGAGAGGUAGAAACUGUUGUGGUGAUCGAACCAGAGACUUACCUCGAAGGGCUACCGGUCCCACAGGAUACUGUCGUCAGGAAGUGUGAAUACUUCGGAGACUGCGGUAUGGUCAUUGGGAAUAUGACUUUCGAGGAGUAUGAUCGUCAUAUUGAGAAAUGGCAUACAGGGCAAGUCUCUGAUGACGAGGGCGAUGACGAAGACAUGGGCGAUGUUGAUGCUGAUGCCGAUGAUGAGAGCAAGGAUGACAGUGACAGCGACAGUGACCACGGCGAUGAGAACGGUGGCAGUUCUAGCAAACGACACCCUUCUGGUCGUUCUCGUGCUCGAGGUCAGGCUGCUCGGAAUGCCUCGAAGAGCAGAUCCUCAAGCCCGGGUCCGCGAGUAACUGAGGUCCUUUCAGAAGAUGAGGUUGUGGGUGAGUCCAACAAAUCAACUGGCGCUGUGGUGGUGACCAAGAAGCCUGCUCCCCCAAAGCCUGCCCCAAAACCCCCUUCGAAGAAAGCGCUUGGGAAACGCAAGGCUACAACACAGGAUAUCGAGUCGGCAGCUGAGAGCCACAGCGAAGCCCCUUCUACAGUUUCUCGUGGUCGGCGAGGACAUACCAAGGCUCAGGAAGAGCCGCCUGAGGCAACAGCUUCCUCCACUGAAGCACGAGGCAGCGAGGCCCAGGGCAGUGCCUCGGGACGAACCCGGAGCAAGAAGACCAGAAAGACUCGCCGUAAGGGAGAGAAGGAUAGCCAGUAUGAAGAUGAUGGGUAUGAGACCAAUGACUACGACGAGGAACCAAAUAAGAAAGGAGGAAAGUCUUUUCGUCGUCGAGCGAAGUCUCCAGACUGGGUGAAGAAGCUCGGUCCUGAAGAUCCCAACUUUGACCCCGAUGAGGAUAUGUACUGCUCCAAGUGUCUCCGCAAGAUGCCUAAGAAGCGAAGCAAGACUCGCGAUACAGAUGUCAAGGCUCAUACUAACAAGUUGCUGUGCUGUCGCAUCCGCAACGCCCCAGGUUCAACUGAACGUCUCCCCAACCGCAGCGGCUGGAUCAAAGGCUCCGACAUUCCCGAGACCCUCGGAGACAUCAAGAAAUCCUUCCGCCGUCGCUACCCAACAUACGCACGCACACUCUAUCCCACCAACCCAGCCGACCAUUACAUAUCAAUCUGGCGAUCCGACCCCAAUAACCCAGAAAACAGUGUAUGGUGGGACAUUCCCUGGCCUCCCUACGAGGGCGACCCUCCUUUCCCUGGGAGAUGGGAAGCGCCCGGCCUGCCGUGGGAUAACACCAAGGGUGGACGGAAGCGACGCAAGAUGUACACUGGAGUAGAAGUCCCUGAUUCCUUGUAUAUUAACCAGAGUGAGACUGACACUGAUGUGUCGAUGCGUGGGACUUUUCCGGAGAACCUUAGUAAUCUCACUAUUGAUGCUACGCCGGCGUUGAAGAGACCUGAGAGGCCGAUUGCUUCUAUUGAGGAGGAGACUGAGGAACAACCUGCUGCGAAGAAGCCCAAGCUUGGGACCAUUCCCAGACGUGGAAAAAACCCUAGUAGUCAACCCUCUCGUGAAUCGAGUCGACUUCGGAUGCAGAGAGACGCUGCCGCUUCAACAGCUCCUUCGGCGGCUGUUUCGAGGGCUUCUUCCGUUGCGGUUGCGGCAUCUGCUCCAAAGGCUCCUAAAGCCGCGCCGAAAUCUGCCCCAAAGGCCCCGAAAGCUCCCCCGAAAGCUGCACCUAAGAGGGCGACUCGUUCAAAGACAGCGACUCCAGCGCCGGAAUCUGCACCAAAGCCUGCUAGGAAACCUGCCGCGAAGACCGCUCCUAAAAGGGCGGCGGGUUCAAAGGCUGCGACUCCAGCUCCGGAGCCUGAGUAUGAUAGCAGUGAUCCGGAUAGGUGA